AUGCCGCCGGGGACUACUGCAGCUACGUUCUUGGCGCAGGGUGACCACGCGAGAGGUUCACAGAGCAAUGACACUAAAAGACAGUUUCUUCUAGAACGCUUACUGGAUGCAGUUAAGCAGUGUCAGAUACGGUUUGGAGGAAGAAAAGAAAUUGCUUCAGAUUCUGAUAGCAGAGUCACUUGCUUGUGUGCUCAGUUUGAAGCUGUGUUGCAGCAUGGUCUGAAGAGGAGCCGAGGAUUAGCACUGACAGCAGCAGCAAUCAAACAGGCCGCAGGUUUCUCCAGUAAAACCGAAACAGAACCAGUGUUUUGGUAUUAUGUAAAGGAAGUUCUGAAUAAACAUGAGUUGCAGCGCUUUUAUUCUCUGAAGGCAAUUUCUACAGAUAUUGGUAGAGGGCGAGCCUGGCUGCGCUGCGCGUUGAAUGAACAUUCACUGGAAAGAUACGUCCACAUGCUGCUUGCAGAUAAGAAUCGGCUGAGUGUCUUCUAUGAAGACUGGUCUUUUAUGAUGGAUGAAGAACGUUCCAGUAUGAUUCCUACAAUGGCAGCUGGUCUGAACUCCAUCCUUUUUGCAAUCAACAUUGAUAACAAGGAUUUAAAUGGGCAGAGCAAAUGUAUACCCACAGUAUCUGAUCUGCUCAAGGAAUCGACGCAAAACGUCACCUCGUUACUGAAGGAAUCCACUCAAGGUGUCAGCAGCCUUCUCAGGGAGAUAACUGCCUCGUCUGCCGUCUCCAUCCUCAUCAAACCGGAGCAAGAGACCGACCCACUUCCUGUUUUGUCAAGGAACGUAAGUGCUGAUUUAAAAUCAAGAAAAGAUAGAAAAAAGAAGAAGAGAGUGACAAAUAUUAUCUCAUUUGAUGAGGAGGAAGAUGAGCAAAACUUCGGGGAUGCCAUAAAGACUCUGGCCACAGGAGAAAGUUCAGAGGAGAAUUCAGACAUAUCUUCAGUUUUUGUGUUACCCUCAUCUGAAAGCAGUCUUGGGAAAAGUCUGAAUGGGCAUGAAAGUAACCAUCUGUGGAAAGGCAAUUCAAUGUUUCUGAAUGGAGAGUACGAAUACCAGAAACUAGAUGUAAAGAGCAUUGAUGAUGAAGAUAUAGAUGAAAAUGAAGAUGAGCUGUAUGGAAAAACAUUAGGAAAUAAAGGCACGGAAGAUGAAAUUGAAGCUUCUGAAAAGCCUCAUGAAACUAGUGCAUGCAGUUCUCAGCUGUGCAGCUGGACUCCUCUACAGGUCCUGAAUGAUGACUCGGAUGUUCUGUUUCCUGUCAGUGCUGUCGGCUCUUACUCACAAACUGAUAACUUGGAGAAUGGAGAGGGCCAUGAAAGUGUUCUUGCAGUAGAACUGGUUCAAAGAAGAUCUGAUCUUCCUUACAGAAUGGAAGUGAGUCCUCCUGCUCAAGUGAACAAUUUAAGCAGCAUGUUGCCUUCAGCCACUGUGCCCGAAUCUAUGACAAUUAAUGAGCUUCGACAGGCUAUCGUGGCCAUGAUGAAUAGAAAGGAUGAAUUAGAAGAACAGAACAGAUCGCUGAGGAACUUGCUCGACGGGGAGAUGGAGCAUUCGGCUGCACUGAGGCAGGAAAUGGAGAACUGGAGAAGGAAGGUUGCAGAGCAGGAGGAGCGACAUGCCACCAAAGUCCAAGCUUUGGCCAGAGAAAAUGAGGUACUUAAAGUGCAGCUUAAGAAGUAUGUAGGAGCUGUCCAGAUGCUUAGAAGAGAAGGUCAAACAAUAGAAGUUCUACCAAAUAUUUGGAGCACUGAUGCCGAAUUUACUAUUCCAGAGCAGAAGCAAGUAGAAAACAACGAGGAACUAGCCAACUCUUAUGAAAGAAAAUUGAUUGAGGUGGCUGAAAUGCAUGGAGAGCUGAUUGAAUUCAAUGAGAGGCUGCACCGUGCUCUGAUGGCUAAAGAAGCCCUUGUAUCCCAGAUGAGACAAGAACUGAUUGAUUUGAGAGGGCCAGUCCCCGGAGAUUUGAGUCAAACGUCUGAAGAUCAGAGUUUGUCAGAUUUUGAAAUAUCAAAUCGUGCUCUUAUUAAUGUUUGGAUUCCUUCGGUCUUUCUGCGUGGAAAAGCUGCUAAUGCAUUCCAUGUUUAUCAGGUUUAUAUUAGGAUCAAGGAUGAUGAAUGGAAUGUGUAUCGAAGGUACGCAGAGUUCAGAAGCUUGCACCACAAACUGCAGAAUAAAUACCAGCAAGUGAGGACUUUUAACUUUCCACCAAAAAAAGCCAUUGGAAACAAGGAUGCAAAGUUUGUAGAAGAGAGGCGCAAGCAGCUACAAAGUUACCUGAGGAAUGUAAUGAACAAAAUCAUUCAAACUGUCCCAGAAUUCACAGCCAGUCCCAAAAAAGAGACUCUUAUUCGGCUGAUGCCCUUUUUUGUUGAUAUCCAGCCUUCUGGAGAGCCCGUAAGCAAAAGCAGUCGCUCGAGAGUGGCCCCGCGCUUCCCCAAGCUCUCCCGCAGCCACGUGCGGGAGCCCCGCAGCCUGGAGCCGCAGAGCGGGGAUCUCUGA